AUGGAAGGGGGACCCCCCAGCUGGCCCUCCCUCCACGAGCACUCGGAUCUAUCACCUCAACACCCGGGAGCUUGCUACUUCUGUUUACUAUCGCUCAAGCAUGACACGGAACCAAGUUUGGCCGUGUUUACCGACCCAAAGCAGUGCGGCAGAGUCCUCCUCCCAAGGCGUGCGCGACCCAUGGCUGUUGGCGACGGCACGGUAGGGAGCCAAGGAGCCUAG